CGUUCCGUUUAGUGAAACUGGAGUCAGUCGUUGGAGCGCACAGUGAAAUAUACACGCCAAUAACAAUGUACCGCGCCAUAAUUCUUAUAACUUUGAUUAUCGCCGUGGAAUGCCACCGCCAUUGCUGGAGACAUUCAUCACCAUGUCAUAGAAGACAUCACGAGUACCGUAUCAGAAGCCGAGAGAGAACCUUCGACCACUUAGCAAGAGACGUCAUAUCCAUCGAUGAGAAUCUAAAGCAACUGUGCUCUGAAUACAAUAAUAAUAGAAGCGUUGAGCUCUUUAAAUCCGAUGUCUAUACAAUACAAGUUUCACUAGAUGAUUUUCCAGAAGAAGGUAUUUUUCUUAAAACUAAGUAUCGCGUUUUAUAUAUAUACGCAGAAAAAACUGAUGAAUCUAUGACAAAUUAUUUUGAGCUCAGAAUAUUGCCGGAUAUAGUCAAUAUUCGUCAAGCUACAUGGACUUUCAAUAAUGGUGUACUAGAAAUAGAUAUUCCAUAUAAAGCAACUAAUAAUGAUAACUACGUAAGGAAUUGUGAUGAUGAAAUUGACGAUACAGAAUUUCAAGUUCCAAAAGAUAAUUCAGUGGAUUUCGAUUUAAGAAUUUUGAGUAAUGAGGGGAAUGUAGCGGUCACGACUGAUAGUACAGCACAACUGACAGAACCGAGUAAAACAAUUAGGAAUCAGCAACCUUCAAAAAAUUCUGUCAGCACGAAAAUUUAUUGACAAAUUAAUUAGGAA